UCCAAGUCUCCAAAGCGUCACGCUUCUCUCUCUCUCUCUCUCUCUCUCUCACAGAAUAGUAAUGGCUCUCCGUUUCCCCUUCUCCUCCCAUCAGCCCCCAAAUCAGCCCAAUAAACCUAGCGGCCAUCGCCAUUUCCCUCUCGUCGCGGCCGCUGCCAGCAUUGGGCUCGGAGUGGGCCUCUCCCUCUACCUCCAAUCAUCAAAUCAGCCAGGCCCAGUUCGCCAAAAUCCAUGGGCCUUUGCUUCUCUCUCUUUCGCCGAUGGGGCCUCUGCAACCUCGGUGGAGCCCAAGACGGGGGUGAGCUUUCCGUCGGUGUUGGAUGGGACCCGGCGACUGUUAGCGGCUGGAGUGAGGAAGAAGAGCGUGUUUGGGCUCAAGAACAUUGACGUCUACGCUUUUGGUGUUUAUGCUGAUGACAAUGAUGUCAAGGAGUUGAGUAAGAAAUAUUCAGAAAGGAAAGAAAAUAAGGAGGUUAUUUCUGAUGUCUUAGAUCAGGAUGUACGGAUGACAGUUAGGCUUCAAAUUGUGUAUGGUAGAUUGAGCAUUCGUUCAGUACGCAGUGCCUUUGAAGAAUCUGUAGGAAGCAGGCUCCUAAAAUUUGGUGGACCAGAUAACAAAGAAUUGCUUCAGAGGUUCACAUCCUAUUUUAAAGAUGAAUACCCACUACCACGUGGAUCUAUAAUAGAUCUUGCAAAGGAAAAGGAUUUCAUUCUUCAAGUGAAAAUUGAUGGAAAGGAGGUGGGUAGCAUCCAGAGCAAGCUCUUGUGCAAGUCUGUAUUAGAUCUUUACGUUGGGGAUGAUCCCUUUGAUAAACGUGCUAAAGAAGAUUUUGAGCUCGGUUUGGAAUCUCUUCUCAAAACAUAAGUUUCUUGAACUUCCCAAAGAUAUGGAAAUAAAUCAAAUGACUUGAAUUACUGCCUCCAAUUUCUUUUUGGCCCUCUGGUACGAAAAUGAUUUCUUUUACAGAAUUGUAGAUGACUAUAAACUUCUCUUUUUCAGGAAUUUGUGUAGUUAUGAAGAUUUUUUUUAUUCUCUUAGUUGUUAUAGAUCUACCUUAAUUAAUGUCCGCAGGAGCAGCACUUCAUGCAUAAAGUGAGCAGCUGACUAUGUAUUAACUGUAUUCGAGUUAA